AUGCCUCGUCUUUCUCGUCUUUCGAGCAUCCCAAACUUCUCCAGACCCUUUCGAUUUCGGUCUGCCAAUGGCAAGACUGAGCCGGCAGUGAACAGUGGUCAAGUUGAGCCUUCUAGUGCAUCUAACCCAGGCCCAGACGCAGACCAAGCACAAGCCGCACAAGGUGAUGCCUCUAUCACUUCACCAGGCAAAGAAUCAUCGGAUUUGACACGUGCCAGUCCAGCUGAAAGCAAAGCAGGAAAGCCAGCCGAAGCUGGUCAAGAUGCAGUCAAUGCAAGUGCACUUGCUGCCUUUGACUUCCAAUUUGAGCCCGAUCCCAAUGUUUUGAGCGCCGACUUGGGUGGCAUUAGCAAGCCCAUUCCCAACUUCCGUCCUCAUCUCUGGAAGCAAAUCGACAACAGCCGCCACGUUCUUAACCUUGACCUCUUCUGGCCGAUCAAACUCGAGGACCUUGCGGACCAAGAGGACGAGGAGGAAGCGACUGCAGAUGGCGACACCAAGGGCGUCUUUCCGUUCAAAGACCUCGAACCUCUCAAGACCUUCCGCAAUCUUCAUUACCUCCAACUCAACGGCAUGAUGCGCUCCUAUCAACCAAUCAUCUGGGGCAUCUGCUGGGCAAACAAGAACCUGACCGUACUGCAUCUUGAGAUGGCCUUGGAACCGCUCUUCAGUGAAGACAUUGCGCACAAGUACCCCGAAAUCGACGCGAAUUGGACCUACAACGCUCGUGGCGACCCCAAGAGUCCGAUCGAAUACAUCGGCGCUCACGGCAAGGGCGUGUUGCAUGAAGAGUUUGGAGACGGAGAGUAUCUUGACCAACAAGCCAUCAAAGCAAGCCAACUCGAUGUCUACAAGAUCCUCCCUAUCGAGAACGUGCGCUUCCUUCCAGUCACCCACCUUACCUUGAUGAACUUUGUCGUCGAUGCCGGCCCGUUCUACCGCUGGUUCAACCCAAAGAAGUUCCGAGAGAUCACAUUCAAGAGUGGCUGCCUCGAUGCUGGCUUCUACCUUCCUCAAGAGAUGCGUUCCUCCGUGGCUGUCAAGUCUCCCAAGCCAAUGGCGCCCCCUCGCUGGGUCAAACCGGGAGAAGUCAAGCUCAUUGAUAUCAAGAAGAAGAAACCGGUCGCUGGUGCUGAGGUCGUCAAAGGUGCGGUUAAGGCGUCCGACGACAAGGGUGAGGCCAAAGUUUCUGAAGCCGAGGCCGAAGCAGGUGCCCCCAGCGCUGCAGCUGCACCAGGCGGACACGGACUCAAGAGCAAGAUCAGUCACAUUCUUCCACGCUGGACACACAAGGCGAAAGACGGCAAGGAGCACCCUGAUGCAGAGGCCACUGCGGCGAUGGUUGAGGAGAGUCUCAAGAGAGCUGGCAUCUUCUAA